AUGUAAAUACAAAAAGAUCUCAAAUCACGAAUACAAGAAAUACUCCAAAAACAUAAUAUUAAAUAAGUAGAUUUGGCAAGAGAAAUAGGUAUCCAUCAUAGUACUCUCUCCUUAUGGAUGCAAAAUAAAAACAAACCAAGAAAAUAGGACAUCUCAAAUUCUCAAAGUACAAGAAUAGAAGAAUUAUUGGAAAGAUGGAUAGCCACCUUCCAUGCUAAUAAAGGUUAAGGAAUGGGUACUGGAUAAUUCAGACUUCCUGAUAGUAGAGCAUCUUAAUUCUGUAAUUACUCAUUCAAAUACAAUAUUUUAGUGUCUCAUCAUACUGUAAGGCCUGUUUUACCUAUAUCUAAAUUUCAUAUCCUUAGAAAUCAAUAUUAAAAUUCCAUCAAAUAAUAAAGACAAGAAAUCAUUUUGCGUAAGACUUAAGAGCAAUUAAAAAACAAUCCCAAUAUUUCAUUCCAAUAAGCAUUAAAUCAAUCUGUAAAUCAAUCACUAAUUAUUUACAAAAGGCUUAAGAUAUUCCCAUUGAGCCACCAAAACAUUAAUAAUUGGUACCAAUCACUAUUGAUUUUGAAUUGGAAGGUAAAAAAAUUUACUAAACUUUUUGUUGGAAUUUAAAUGAAUCUCAUAUGAUUCCUGAAACCUUUGCCAGAAUUAUUACUGAAGAAAAUCAAUUACCUUCAGUGAUUGAAUAAGAAAUAACUACUCAAAUAAAAAAACAAGUUUAAAAUUAUAAAUGUUAUUAUCCUACUAAAAAUGAGAUGUUAAAGAAUCUUUAUGUUGAUUUAAGAGUUGAAAACAUUCAUUUCAAAGAUUAAUUAGAAUGGGAUAUGAACAAUACAAUGAAUUCACCAGAAGCAUUAGCAGAAUUGACAGCCAAAGAAAUGGGAAUGCCUGAAUAAUAUGAACCUAAAAUAGCUCAUGCUUUAAGAGAAUCAAUUUCAUCUUUAGAAAGAUAAAUGGAACCAAAAACUGGAGAAGAUUUUAGUAAUUUAAAGAAAAGCACAAGAACCUUAAUUGAAAGUAAUGCUAAUUUCAACUAAUUUAAAAAUGUUAUGUUUUCGAAUUAAAUCAAUGAUAAAAAUUGGGUUAGAUGUGAAUUAGAAUAUGAUCACUAAUUUCAAUGGGGUCCAUCAAUUGAACUACUUGAUUAGAAUGCCCUUAGAAAUGUAUAAAAAUAAGAGGAUCGUAAAACUAGAUAUGUAAGGAGAUAAAGAUGAU